CUGACGCCAGCCGAGCCAUAUUACGAACGCACCAAUAACGAAAAUGAGGUCAGGAGCAAAAAGCGUUUGCAGAAACUGUGCGAUCUCUUUGAGGACGAGCUACUUAAGCGAGCAGAUCGAGUGCGCAAGACAUUGCCUGUCUAUGCGCCGCCUCCGAGGAAGGCGCGACGUCGCGUCUGCAAGCACAAACACAAGUCGGAGGCCUGCUCCUCGUCGUCCGAUGACGACUCGGACGAAGACGGCUUCAAGGUCGAGCAGGACUGCUGCAUGGAGGAGUUGUCGCGCAAGGUGCAGCAUCCGCAGCGUGUUCAUGCCGAUCUCUGGCACAACGACGCGGGCGAGAUGAAUGACGGUCCCCUAUGUCGCUGCUCUGCCAAGUCGCGUCGCAGCGGUAUCCGGCAUGGCAUAUAUCCCGGAGAGACCGGCUACAAGCUGUGCGACAAGGCCACAAACAACGCUAACAGUCUGUUUCAUUAUCGCAUCACCAUAUCGCCGCCCACCAACUUUCUGACCAAGACGCCAACUAUUAUCAAACACGAUGAGCACGAGUUUCUCUUCGAGGGAUUCUCGCUGCUGUCCCACGUGCGCCUCACCGAUCUGCCGGUCUGCAAGGUGAUUCGCUUCAAUAUAGAGUACACAAUUGAAUACGACGAGGAGAAGAUGCCCGACAACUUCACCAUUCACGAGCUGGACCUUUUUUUCAAAUACCUGUUUCACGAGCUGCUGGAGCUGGUUGACUUUAACCUGGAGCCCAAUACUGGAGCUGAUGGUGUUGAAUCCUGCCCAGCGUUUCAUUUCCUCCCCCGGUUCGUGCGAGACCUGCCCGACAAUGGCAAAGAGGUGCUGGCAAUGUGUGAGGUACUCAAGUAUCUGCUGGACAACUCGGCCGAACUGGUGGAGCGGCAGCAGUUGCUUCACCUGAACCAGAUCAGUCAGAGCGAAUGGCAGAACUAUGUGGACUUUAUAAAGGGCAUGCUGGUGACCAAGCCGGGCCACAAGCCAUGCUCGUUGCGUGUGGACCAGUUGGACAGGAACAACUCGGACUUGCCCGAGUGCGUGCACCAGGAGUCGGGUAUCUCGCAUCCGGCCAUUGUGCACUUUGGCAUACGUCCUCCCCAGUUGAGCUAUGCGGGCAAUCCGGAGUACCAGAAGGCCUGGCGUGAUUACGUCAAGUUCCGGCAUUUAAUGGCAAACAUGUCGAAGCCCUCGUUCAAGGACAAACGCAAGCUAGAGGAUAAGGAGCAGCGGCUGCAGGAGAUGCGCACUCAGGGACGGAUGAAGCGCAACAUCACGGUGGCCAUCAGCUCGGAGGGUUUCUUUCGAACCGGCAUCAUGUGCGACAUUGUGCAGCAUGCCAUGCUUAUACCCGUGCUGACGUGUCAUUUGCGCUUCCACAAGUCGCUGGACCUGCUUGAGGAGAGCAUUGGCUACCAAUUCAAGAAUCGCUAUCUUCUGCAGCUGGCGCUGACGCAUCCCUCCUACAAGGAGAACUACGGCACCAAUCCGGACCAUGCUCGCAACUCGCUCACCAACUGUGGCAUACGGCAGCCGGAGUACGGGGACCGCAAGAUCCACUACAUGAACACAAGGAAGCGGGGCAUCAACACGCUGGUCAGCAUUAUGUCCCGCUUUGGCAAGGAUCAGGAGACCGUUUCGAAUAUCACCCACAACGAACGUCUGGAGUUCCUGGGCGACGCUGUCGUCGAAUUCCUCAGUUCGAUUCAUUUGUUCUUCAUGUUCCCAGAGCUGGAGGAGGGCGGCCUGGCCACCUACCGAGCUGCCAUUGUGCAAAAUCAGCAUUUGGCUCUGCUGGCAAAGAAACUGCAGCUAGAGGAGUUUAUGCUGUAUGACCAUGGUUCCGAUUUGUGCCACGAACUGGAAUUGCGGCAUGCGAUGGCCAAUUGCUUUGAGGCCCUGAUGGGAGCGCUUUUGCUGGACGGCGGUAUCAAAGUGGCCGACGAAGUCUUCACGGAGGCAUUGUUCAGGAAGGAGGGUAAACUUUUGAACAUUUGGAAGAACCUGCCGGAGCAUCCGCUGCAGGAACAGGAGCCUUUGGGUGAUCGCCGUUGCAUUGAUUCUUAUCGCGUCCUGAAGGACCUUACUAAGUUCGAAGACUCGAUUGGACUUAAGUUCAAGCACAUCCGUCUUUUAGCCCGAGCCUUUACCGACCGCUCUAUCGGUUUCACCCAUCUCACGCUGGGCUCCAAUCAGCGGUUAGAGUUCCUGGGCGACACUGUCCUCCAGUUGAUAAGCUCGGAAUACCUGUAUCGUCACUUCCCCGAGCAUCACGAGGGACAUUUGUCGCUUCUACGCUCUUCGCUGGUCAAUAAUCGCACUCAGGCCGUGGUGUGCGAUGACCUGGGCAUGACCAAGUAUGCCGUCUACGCUAAUCCCAAAGCAGACCUAAAGACCAAAGACCGCGCUGAUCUGCUGGAGGCAUUUCUGGGUUCGCUAUAUGUCGACAAGGGUCUGCUGUUCUGCGAGCAGUUCUGCCAUGUCUGCCUGUUUCCACGUCUCCAGUUGUUUAUCAUGAGCCAGGACUGGAACGACCCAAAGUCCAAGCUGCAGCAAUGUUGCCUCACACUCCGCACUAUGGACGGCGGGGAGCCGGACAUACCCUACUACAAGGUGGUCGAGGCCAGUGGUCCGACCAACACGCGUGUCUACAAGGUGGCUGUCUACUUCCGAUCAAAGCGCUUGGCCACCUCUAGUGGUGCCUCCAUUCAGCAGGCCGAGAUGAACGCAGCAAAGCAGGCCUUGGAGAACUCGCGGGACCUUUUCCCGCAGUUGGAUCACCAGAAAUGGGUGAUUGCCAAAAGCAUUAAGAAGCAGACGGGCAGCGAGGUGGACAACGAUGCCGACAAACAGCAGGACGAGGACAAGGCCAAGAAGCCCAAAUAUACGGCGGUCCUGCAGGAUGAAUCCCACUUGCCCAAGCAGUAUCGCAUGCAUGAAAACAUCUCCAGCGACGAGUUACCGGAGGAUGAUGAACUUGACAAUGGCACAGCCAAGAGUCCGACUGCCGCCCAUCGCUUGCCACGGAGUGGAGUCGACACCGACUGCAGCAGUGACAGCGACAGCGACGACUCUAAAAUAACUCACAAGCGCCGUCACCGCAUGCCAUCCUCGCCAUCGUCCUCAUCGCCAUUAUCUUAGAAGUCGACUAGAUGUGUACU